AGGCCCCCUCCCCCGGAUGCUGCAGCUGGCUUCGAGACGCAACACACUCCAACGCCGCCUUUAGUGGUGCUCCGUAGCAGACCGAAAAUCCCGGCUGAGACACUCCCAACACUUUAGUUGCGGCGUAGUCUCAGCGUUCACGAUACUUUUCCGCGAGUGAGGGAGUUUGUAACCUGGGUGACGACGAAGUGUGCUCAUCUUCUUCGGCCUGCCACGAACUUUUAUUGUAGGGGCAAUACAGUGCUGUCUGUUUCUUAUUCCCGAGGAACGCGGCUUCACCACGGAGUUACGAUGCUGCACGCAUUCGUCACCCUUCUUGUAUUCUUGGCAUCCCUUCUGUUUUGGUGGGUCCGAAGGAAGUACACCUUCUGGAACGACAAAGGCGUUGCACACCUUACUUUCUGGCAAUAUCUGCGGUUUUGCAUCGACCUCUACACUAAGCCCCUGAACAGUGUGAUAAUUAGCAGCUACAAGCGAUAUGGUCGACUUUAUGGUUCUUACCAGGGCGCUACGCCAACACUUGUCGUCGCCGAACCUGAGAUUCUACGCGAGAUCCUGGUGUCCAAGUUCAAGAACUUUUCGGACAGAUCGGAAUCGCAACGCGUCAGCAGCGAUGUAUGGCGCAAGUCCAUCAUGAACUUGUCCGGUGAGGAGUGGAAGAAAGCCCGGAACCUCUUCACACCGGCACUGACCACUGCACGGCUCAAGACGAUUGCAUUGAAAAUCAAAACCAUAGCUGAAAGAACGGCGUCUCGGGUUGCGGAGGCGGCUGCAGAGGACAAACCUGUCAACAUAUCUAAGCUCAUUGAGCACGCAUCGCUGGACACUACGGCUGCUCUGAACUACAGCGUCGAUCUUGACAGCGAGAACAACAAGGACCAUCCGUUGAUGAAGUGCCUGGGAGCCUUAUUUAGCACCGUCGCCGGUUGGAAAAUUGUGAUGAUGUUCAUGAUGCCUGGUGUGUACAAGAUGUUUCAGUCAAACUACCCGCCGAAGUCAAGCACCGAUCUGUUUAAAGCCUUCGUUUCGCACCUCAUGGAAGAGCGGAAGGCCAACAAUAAGAAAGAAGACGACUUCCUUCAGGUGUUUAUGGAUGCAGACUAUGACUGGGAGGUCAGCGCCGACGAGAAAAAAGACGACGGAGAAAAGAAACAGAUGACACUGGAUGAAAUAACAGCCCAGGGAAUACUGUUCUUCCUCGCCGGAGUGGAGAGUGUGUCGACGACUCUCAUCUUCACGGCAUACUACCUGGCACUUCACCCGGAAUACCAGAACAGCGUCAUCGCCGAAGUCGACAAGGCUGCAGGUCCGAAGGGUGACCUUACAUACGAGUCACUGCAAGAAAUGCCCUGCCUCGAGGCAUGCAUCAAGGAAGCGUUGCGCCUGACCGCAUCUGAAUCAAUAGUUUUGCGUCAGUGUACGGAAGAAACCACAGUGGCCAACAUCAACUUCAAGCCGGGCAUGUGCGUGGACAUUCCUUCGGCUGGUAUUCAUCGCGAUCCUGAAUAUUUUCCUGAACCGGACAAGUUCAAUCCAGAAAGAUUCCUACCGGAAAACAAGGACAGCGUAAAGCCGUUCACGUUCAUGCCUUUCGGUCAUGGCCCGCGCAGCUGCGUAGGCAUGCGACUCGGCAUGCUGCAGGUCAAGACAACUCUCGCCUGCCUCCUUCGGCGCGUGAAACUUGAAACGUGCUCCGAAACUAUGAGCCCCCUCAAGUUCAAGCCACGGCAGCUCCUUCAAGUCACCGACGGGCCGAUUGUUCUCCGGGCCAUUCCGCGGGACGCGCCGGCGAGCUGAGCUGCGCGCCAGCCGCGUAGAGGCUUCUUUUGGAAUUGGAGAUGGCAGCUUCGCACACUAUAAGAAAAAUACAAGUGGCCCCGGUUUUCAGAGUUCUUAAGCUAAGAGUGCCCAUUCCGCGAGGGCUCGAGCACAGUGAACAUCGUAUAGUCCAUCGCGAUGUAUAGGAACUCUCAAGGUACAGGGUGCUCUUUUUUUUGCCUGCACCAAAUUUUUAAAUAUUGCCUGUGGCAGAUAGCACAAUUCUAUAUUCCUUGAUUUAAAUUACUCGAUCAGGCGGUUAUUACUUCUACGAGAAGUCAAAAUAGUUAAUUAAACAAAUAACAUCACUACGUUAAUUAACUUUUUGAUUAUUAGCAUUGCGGCCACUAUUUCAAACAACGAACUAUAGCCGGUGAGUUCGGGAGGCGGAUUUACAUGAAACGAAUUCUCAGGGCUGUACCACUUUCGAGAUAUUAAUUUUCAGACUAUCCGAAGAAAUGCAUUGGUGUUCCAGUUACUUUUGUACUUCUACGAAUAAAACAGCGUUCUCUUAUACAAAUUGAACGCCAAUGCAUAUUAAUCUGACAUUCAGAAAAUUAGUAUCUCAAUACUAGUGCAGUCCAGAGAAUUCGUUCCAAGUGAAUACUCCUUAUGAACUCACCAGCCACAAUUCGUGGAUUGAAGUAGUGGCCGCAAUGUUAUUAAUUAAAAUUUUAAUUGACACAAUGAUGUUAAUUAUUUAAUGAAAUAUUUCAAUUUGUCGUAGAGGUAUUGGCCGCCUGAUUGAGUAAUUUAUAUCAAACAUUAGAGAUUCCCUAUUUGCCUCAGGAAAUUUUUAAAACAUUGGUGCAGCUAAUGAAAAAAGAAUACGCUGUAUAACUGAACAUAGGACAAACAGAAACUCCUGCAAAGGGCCUCGCAGAAAUCCAUUUGCUGUUAUGAGGCAUGCGAAAGUUGGCUGAGCAGUGCUUCUGUUGGAACGGUUUUGUUCUUUGUGCACAAGGCCCUACAAUGCCGUCGAAACAAUGUUCAAAUGUUCAAGAACACGCGGAAUAUUCCGUAAUGUAAAAAUACAGUAACGAAAUGUUCAACAAGGAAAGCGAAAAUUGCCUAAGCGGUGGAGGUAUAAUGUUUAUCACGUUGGAGCGUCUUGUAGACCAGACUGCAUUGAGUCUGAAAGCACGAAACGCUGCCUCGAAACACGCAGCACAGCUUCUUCAAGAUUUGAAUGCCUGUGUUUUCUGAGUGUACCAGUAAUAAAAAUGUCUCACCUACCUUUACAUGAAAUAGCCGUGUGUCACCAGUCACUGAGGAACGGUUAAACUGCUUAUGACAGCACACGCACACAAAAUGAUUGUUCAGCCGAGCGUAAACGGACAGGUCCGAUACGACACCAUCGCAGAUAUGAUGGCAACCAGGUUUAGGGCUUGCAACAAUGCUUGAAAUAUCCCUUAAAACAUCGAUGAACUUAGGUGUGUCCAUGACAAGGCUCAAAUAAUACCGUGGACGUAAGCUCAAUGAGAAAGCUCUAUUUAAGUUUUAAUCUUCUUAUCACAGUAGUGUCGAUGCUUUGCAGAUGGUUGCUUCGAACAGACUAUGAGGCGACGAGUCGCGUUAGUCUCACAUCCUUACUUUCGUUACGGCGAUAGAGCUACCAGUGAACUGCACGACGACAAAGUCUCAAAGCAAACAAGUAAAACUUUUGCCUGGGCUAGUUGGUUCUUGCUUGAAUUAGCAAAGGUAAGGCGCAGAAGAACAGGACUCAAGAAGAACACACACGACAGGACCGGCACCGGUCCUGCAGUGUGUGUUCUUCUUGAGUCCUGUUCUUCUGCGCCUUGCCUUUACUAAUGCAAGCGAACAAGCAGUGGGAUAUUUGGACUUUUGAAUGGCUCUUUAAGAAACUAAUGAUCGCAAACCUGCAAGAAUGACUCACGGUGAUGCCGAAUGAGCAGAUUUUUGACGCUUUAUGUAUAAAAAGAUAUCGAUGCUAUCCUUUUCUUCGUUCGUGAGUAUAUGAGUAGUAAAUGUGAAAUUAACAAUUCGCGUGUUCUUGAAAAAGCGAACUUUACGAAGUUUUUAUAAAUGCUGCACUGUCAUCAAAUAUCAUGGCACUGCACCGAAAAAACUGCGAUAAAUUAUCCAUAUUCUUCUUUCUUUACAUAAUAGCCCUAUAUUGAAGAAUGGCCCUUCAAUUUCGGACAGUACAUCCUCUUGCAAUAUGAAAGGGAACGCUUCAUUUGUGUUCGAACUGCGAUUCCUGCAAACGUGCAAAUCAGAACUUGACUCCUCUUUCUUACAUCAUUAUCCCGUUGAAGAAUCCUGCUAAUGAAUCGUCUCCUCCUGACAAGCACAGAGGAGGAAAAUUACCGACUUUGAGCUUGAAUCUAGUCCUCCUUUUCACAUUGGACAAGGGCCUGAAUCUCGUCUAAUGAACAACAUAUUAUAGUAAAGAUGCACAUUCGAGUGCGACACUUGCUUUAUUCGUUCCUGAUUUAGAUAACACAAUUCGCGAUUCAUCCCGCUCAUAGAAAAACCGCAUUCCUGACGGCAAUCAUAGCGGCGAAACGCUUAGAAUUAUUGUUGUCACGAUAUUUAUGUGAGGGAGCGUCAUUUAGAUUAAGAUGAAUUUUCGAUAUUCUGUAAUUCCGCGCGUCUCGGUGAUGUGUUCGCAUUCUGUGAGUCAAUGUUACAAGCUACUUUCUAACCACAGUAAACUUUAGAAAGGUCCACAUAUUCAGAAUUUUAAAUUACCAUUGAUUUUUUGCGUUACCUAAUGAUAACAGACCCACCGGUUUGGAUAAUUUUAUUAUCUUAUGCUAGUUAUGAAGCUGGCGUCAAUACAGGACCAAUAUGCAUUUGUGUGCCAAACUAAUAUUGCUUUAACAUGAUACUUCACAAGAGAGUUAAGUAUUGUUCAACUGUUCUAAAUGUUGGCUUGAUCAGUGGCCCUCGAGUUUACGCCUUACCCGAAAUAUUCGAAGACUCAUCAUGAUAUUACGUACCUAUAUUUCAUGCACAGAGUGCUGGUUAUCGCUAAAAUAAAAAGAAUGUGAAUUUCAAUAAUAUUAACUGUGCUUUAUGUGUAGCAAGUGGAUUGAUAUUCCAGUAGGUGACAUGCAGCACCUCAUUCGUAGCCCUUUAUAUGUUGUUCUGUUAAAUUGUACGCUCCCACAUGUGUUCCCCCAGUUCAGUACCUGCUUGAGUUUCCAAGUUAAUCUCAUCAUAUACUGAAAACGUCUUGUGAGCAUCUAUUAUGUGUAGGCUUUGCUCCGGGGCGGCUUGCUCGACGUUGUUUAGAGGGUUGUUUCCGUGUGUUUCAGGCGAUAACAAGAAACAUGCUUGACUUGUAGAUUUUCAACUGAUCUUUGUUUUUGUAUCUCAUUAAAAACAACGUUCCAUGUAAUAAAUUCGUCCUUCCACAGAAAGUGA